AUGUCGCCCAACCUCCCAAAGACCUACCGCGCAGCCUUCGUCGAGUACAAGUCACCCAAGUCGGGCCACAUCGUCGUCAAGGUCCUCGCUUCGGGCGUCUGCCACUCGGACUCCAUCGUCGUCGACCAGGCGAUGCCAACCGGUCUCCCCCGUGUUCCGGGCCACGAGAUCGUCGGCGAUGUCGUCGAGGUGCCCGAGGACGAGAAGAGGUGGAAGGUCGGCGACCGUGUCGGUUCGGGCUGGCACGGAGGCAACUGCUUCAACUGCGACCGCGGCGACUUCGUCACCUGCGAGAACGAGAACAUUAACGGCAUCAUCACGGACGGCGGACACGCCGAGUACGUGACCUUGAGGACCGAGGCGGUCUGCUACAUCCCGCGCGAGAUGGACCCGGCCAAGGCUGCGCCCCUUCUCUGCGCCGGUGUGACGACCUUCAACAGUAUCAGGAACAUGGACGUCCACCCGGGCGACGUUGUGGCGAUCCAGGGCGUCGGCGGUCUCGGCCACCUCGGCAUCCAGUUCGCCAACAAGAUGGGUUACAAGACGGUCGCCGUCUCUCGCGGACCGGAGAAGAAGGACUUUGCGACCAAGCUCGGCGCGCACGUCUACAUCGACUCGAACGCCGAGGACCCCGCCGAGGCUCUUCAGAAGCUCGGAGGCGCAAAGGUUAUUGCUGCCGUCGCUCCCUCGGGCAAGGCGAUGGAGCAGCUGAUCGGCGGACUCGCCGUCAACGGCCAACUCCUCACUCUCGCCGUGGCCGACAAGCUCGAGGUCCCGAUCAUGACGCUCAUCCAGAAGCGCGCGAGCGUCCGUGGAUGGCCCUCGGGCUCGGCGGCCGACUCGGAGGACACGGUCAAGUUUGCGCAGACGAGCGGCGUCGAGUGCAUGGUCGAGGAGUACCCGCUUGACAAGGUCAACGAGGCGUUCAACGCGAUGAUGGAGGGCAAGGCUAGGUUCCGUUCCGUCCUCGUCUUCAAGUAG